CUGGGUAGUUGCAGGUGCCUCCUCCUCCGCCUCUCCCGGUCCCCGGCCGCGCCAGGCACUGUGCCUGCAGCCGUUGGAGCGCCUUUGUGCCUGGCUGGGGUGAGGCUGCGACCGCCCCUUGUACGCCCUGGUCCAUUGUCUUCCCGGCUGGUGCCACCGCGGCCGCUGCAGCGCCGGGCCGGGUGGGCGUCCGCAUCCCAGGCGCGCCGUGGGAGAUGAAGCUCCCGAAGCUCCCGAAGCCGUGGUGGGCGGGCGGCGGCCUCCUGCACCUCACGCUGCUGCUGAGUUUGGCCGGCCUCCGUGUGGACCUGGACCUCUGCCUGCCGCCGCCGGCCGCCGCACUUUGGGAAGAGCUGCUCCCACUCGGUCCCACCCGCCCCGCCUCGGCUUCUAGUCUCUUCUCGGCCUCGGGAGGCUGGGGACGUGCCCCCCAGCUGCCUACCAAGGGCCGGCUGCUGCGCGAAGUGCGCGCGCUCGGAGUCCCCUUCAUCCCCUGCACCCGCGUGGACGCGUGGCUAGUGCACAGCGUGGCGACCGGGGACGCAGACGGGGCCCACGGGCUGCUCGGCACCGCCGCCUCGUCGGCCGUGGGAGACGGUGCCCAGGCGCCCCCCGCGGGCGGCGGGGACCCUCGAGCGGCUCAGAGCAGCCCUCUGGCCGCCGAGGAGGAGGCGGAGAAGGCGGCAGAACCGACGGCGCAGGUGCGAGACGCCGGCGGGAGUCAGGAGAAUGAGCUACUAAAAGAAAAGAGUGAAGCUGUGGAUCACAGUUCCCAGCAUGAAGAAAAUGAGGAAGGGGUGUCAAGCCACGCAAAAUCACUACAACAGAGUAAGAAAGAUGAAACCAAAAUGACAGACACACCUGACUGGGAAGCAGAGAAGAUCACUGAGUCUAGAAACCAGAGCCAUCUACAUUGGUCAGAUACAUCUUUCUCUCUGGAAGAUUUAUUUCAACUGCUUUCAUCACAGCCUGAACAUUCCCUGGAGGGCAUCUCAUUGGAAGAUAUUCCACCUUUUCUGAGCAGUGUCAAUGAGAGUGUGAACUCCUUAGCACAUAACACAAAUUUGAGCCAAGCUAUAAGCCAUGAUGUCAAUCUUCAUGAAGCCAUGCUGUUGUGCCCCAACACUACCUUUAGAAGAGAUCCAACAGCAAGGUCUUCACAGGCACAAGAACCAUCUCUGCAGUUAAAUUCUCAUAACAACCCUGAACAAGUCAUCCCUGCCAUGUCUCUUCCACCUGCUGACAAUCAAAUGAGGAAUCUAACAAGCCAAGAUGUCCUGUAUGACCUUGACUCAAAUAUAUUUGAUGGAAUAAACCUAAUGUCAUUAGCCACAGGUUUCAGUCCACUGGAAGUCUCUCAACUUUUUGAAGAACCGGACUCUGAUUCUGUGCUCUCAUUAAGUUACAAUAGCACCUCCAUUACCAAGUCUAAUUCUUCUCACUGCAUGUGUGAUGGUGCUGUCGGUUACAGUAGUGACCUUCAGUCUCUUUGUCAUGAUUUGGGUGCCGUAGGAGGCUGCUACCCAGAACCCUGUAAACAUUGUCAUACGGAUCACAGGACCGUAUCUGGCUUUCAUGGGGAUCUUGAAUGUCAGCAAGUAUUUCAUGACCACACUUACCACUUACAGUCAGGUGUACCAGAGCCCACACCUCAAUCUUUUACAUGGUCAGGCAAGUCACAGAAAAUCAGUGAGUGCCUUGAUGACCCAGACAGAAACUUGAGCCGUGAUGAACAACGUGCUAAAGCUCUGCAUAUUCCCUUUUCUGUAGAUGAAAUUGUCCACAUGCCUGUUGACUCUUUUAACAGCAUGUUAAGCAGACACUAUCUGACAGACUUGCAAGUUUCUCUCAUCCGUGAUAUCAGACGAAGAGGAAAAAAUAAAGUUGCUGCUCAGAACUGCCGUAAACGUAAACUAGACAUCAUAUUAAAUCUAGAAGAUGAUAUAUGUAAUUUACAAGCAAAGAAGGAAGCCCUCAAGAGUGAGCAAGCUCAACGUAAUAAAGCUAUUAUUAUAAUGAGACAGAAGCUGCAUGACCUCUACCAUGAUGUUUUUAGUAGGUUAAGAGAUGACCAAGGUAGGCCAGUCAAUCCAAACCACUAUGCACUUCAGUACAGCCAAGAUGGAACUGUUUUGAUUGUACCCAAAGAACUGGUACCAUUAAGCCAUAAAAAGGAAGCCCCAAAAGGAAAGAGAGAAGAAACUGAACAGCUCCAGUGACCUCCAUCACAAACUUCAAGCCUUAAAAAGCACUGCUACUUAGUUAAGGCUUUAAGUUUGAAUUGACAAAUGUUUAGGACUGAAGAUUAUGCUUCUGUGAAGUUGGGGAAUCCACACAUUUUCAUGGACCAUUACUGCACUAUGACUCAUACCUAUGUUAAGCUCCCAGAACUUUUACAGUCACCUUUUGAUAAGGUGCUCAUUUGAAAAAGCUGAGAUGUUUUCGGCUUUAAGUGGAAAUAGCCCUAGUUUUUUCUGAAGUUUUUUUAAUAUUUAACUUGUGAAAGUGUGAAAAUAAAUUUUAUAUUUGAA